AUCGUCUGCUAGACUAGUUUUUUUCUUGUCAGGUGGCGACCUGCGAACCUUGAAUUGUUAUCUUUAGCAGAUAUAAUUAAUUUUUCUAAUAAUGAAUGGAUUGAAAAUACUCGCUCCAAUUCUAGUUACUGAGGCAACUCGAAAACAAACUGCUUCUUUAAUAUUUUUACACGGAUCUGGUGACAGCGGCCAAGGCGCAAAAGAUUGGAUAAGAAAGGUCUUUGGCAGCAAAUUUGUGUUCCCCAAUAUUAAAAUAUUAUAUCCUUCGGCGCCAUGUCAACCAUAUUCUCCAGUUCAGGGAAAACCAUGGAAUGUUUGGUUCGAUAGAGACAAGAUAUCCCUCUACGCAGAUGAAAACGUGCCGUCUUUAGAUACUGCUUGCAAACACCUGGACGACAUAGUUAACAACGAAAUAGAAAAUGGCAUACCAACAGAUAGAAUUUUAAUUGGAGGUUUUUCCAUGGGCGGAGCUUUAUCUCUUUAUUAUACAUUGAAACAUAGAAGAGAAUUUAAAGCCUCUUUAGAUGGUGCAGACGAAUCUUCACUACCUGCAGUUUAUCAAGCUCAUGGAACUAAAGACUUUGUAGUUCCCUUUGAAUGGGGAGAGUUAACAAAUCAAAAAUUAACUUCCAAAAAUGUACAAUCUCAAUUUCAUAGACAUAAUUGUUUUCAUGAAAUUACCAAUACUGAAAUGAAGAAUUUACAUGAAUGGAUUCAAAAUAUUUAUCCAAGUUAA